AGCACUGCAGAGUACCCCAACGUCCUCUACACCGAGCACUUACUUGACUCUCUUUCGACCACCCAAAGGUAACCCGCACCUCUCUGUCAUGUUCCUGCGUCCGGUUCGCGCCACGGCGCGCCAUGUACGCGCUCUGCGCGUUCCGUCCGGGAUGCACGCGUCAACCUCCCGCCGGACCAUCUCCCAGUCCUCGAGUGUCUCGCACCUCAGCGAUAUCAUGGCCAAGAAGGAGAACAAGAAGGACCCUGAAGGCCUGACUGUCCAGGUGCUCGAGGAGAAUGUUCAACCCGGGCACGCCGUUAUAUCCACCUUUGAUUUGUUCAGUAUCGGAGUCGGUCCCAGCAGCUCGCAUACGGUGGGUCCUAUGCGAGCGGGAAAGAUCUUCAUAGCCGAUCUGCAGGAGCUGGGGCUGUUGGAUCAAGUCAAAACCGUGAAGAUUGCACUCUACGGCUCACUUGCGGCCACAGGGAAAGGGCAUCAUACACCGCAGGCUAUCCUUCUAGGUCUUGAAGGCUCUGACCCGGAGACUAUUGAUACGGGAACGAUACCCUCGCGUUAUGAGGCUAUCGUCACAAACAAGUCGCUACACCUUGGUGGUAAACAUCAUGUUGUCUUUGAUAUGGACCGAGACAUGGUCUGGCGCUGGGACCAAGUCCUCAAAACGCAUCCUAACGGAAUGCGUUUUUCGUGCUUUAACGAGGGCGGUGACCUUUUAGCUACAAAUGAAUACUUCAGUGUUGGUGGUGGCUUCGUUGUUAAUGAUAAGACGAAAGUGGACGAGAAUAUGUUCUACAAGGGCGUCGACAAAAGCGCGGUUCAUGGGGCCAGACUGAACCAAACACAUAGCCUAUCGGAUCCCAUGACAGAAGUUGCGCGUACUUCGCGUGACGAAAAUGAUCCCGGGCAUCCGCCUUACCCCUUUGAAUCUGGGGAUGCCUUGCUCGCGCUCACUAAGAAGCACAAUUUGACCAUAGCCCAGAUUGUGCAUGACAAUGAACGGUACUUCGGGUUGAGUGAAGAUGAGAUUCAUGAGAAGUUGAUGCGCAUUUGGACCGUCAUGGACGAAUGCAUUCGUUCAGGCGUCACCACGCCAGAGAAGACGUUGCCGGGACGCUUGGGACUUCGCCGCCGAGCACCCAUGCUUUACAGAAGACUCAUGCGAGGGUUCUACCCGGGGCUUGCAGGGUCUCAGAACCCCAUGAUUGCAUCGGGCUCCCUUCCGGUCGGAGCGAUUGACUCACCGCACUCGGAUGAUGAUUCAAAGCCAGAACAAAAGGCGUCGAGCAAGGUCGCCAAUGGUGGAAGCACGCCUUCACGGGCUCCAUGGGUUUUGGGGUCCUUCGAUCAUGCCAUUCUGCCUAUGCCACCGCGGAAGACGAUGAUUCCUGCCGUCGACUUCCUGUCUUGUUACGCAAUCGCCGUGAACGAAGUGAAUGCCAGCGGCGGACGGAUCGUCACUUCACCGACAAACGGGGCCGCUGGCGUCAUACCGGCUGUUCUCAAGUACAUUGUAGAGUUCGUGAGCGAUGACCCAGAGAAGACCAUCAAAACCUUCCUAUUGACCGCUGCGGCGGUUGGUAUGCUUUUCAAGCGCGGAAGUACCAUAUCGGCCGCUGAGGGUGGCUGCCAAGCUGAGGUCGGAGUCGCCUGCUCAAUGGCGAGUGCAGGCUUCGCAGCGUGCAUGGGGGCAUCUCCGGAAACCGUUCUUCAGGCCGCAGAGAUAGGAAUUGAGCAUAAUUUAGGUUUGACCUGUGACCCAAUAGAUGGGCUGGUCCAAGUCCCGUGCAUCGAAAGGAAUAGUCUUGGAGCCGUUAAGGCCGUCACGGCCGCUCAACUCUCCAUGGCCAGCGACGGUGUCUACCGUGUUACAUUGGACGAAGCCAUCGAGGCCAUGCGUCUUACCGCCGCUGACAUGAGUGUGAAGUACAAAGAAACCAGUCUUUCGGGUCUUGCUACGACGGUUAAGAUCCCGCUGUCGGUGCCCGCAUGCUGAGAUAUAUCCGCCACUUGCAGAAAAUAGAUAAUCAGUCAGCCGACGACGAACUAGACCGCCGCAACGAUGUCGAAGCC